AUGCUAUACGAUCUUAUAACGCACGUGCCUCCAGUGUCGCACCUCGCCUUGUCGCCAUUCGAUUUAUACCGCGAACCACUCGUACUUAUUGCGCUAGCGGACGGAGAGGAGCUUCAGGACAAGACGUUUAGCAAGAGGUAUUCGGCGAAUAGGGCAGCGACAACGGUUGAGAGAAAUGUACACGCCUUGUAUCAAGAAUUGGAGGAGUUGAGAGAUAAUUAUCCCAAGGUUCUGGUACACCAAGUCGUUAUCUUUGAUUACAUCUCUCCCGAGGGAGUAGAUGUUCAUACGCCAGAAGAGAUACUGUUUGUUCCUCCCAAGGACAAGCGAAAGCGAACGACUAUAAAAACGGUAAUGUGUGACAUCUCGUCAUUAGUAUUAGCGGAGAUGACGACGUUGGCGAAAUCAUUCGAGGGAAUGUCUACUAUUGAAUCUCCAGGAUUGUAUUCGGCUAAAAACAUGAAUGGCAAUACAUGGGGCGGCAACGGCGAUGGAAGCCCUGCGUCACUGUCACGUCGGAACUCGCAGUUUUCGCUGCCCCAGCAACUGUCGCGGUCUAGCUCGGCGUCGAGUGUUGCGGAUAGGACACAGACAAGACUGUCUAUGCCGCCUACGACAUCGAGAUCACCUAGUAAUGCGGCCGGACGCCCGUCAACGCCGCCACGAAGUGGAUUAUCUACCACGCCCAUGAGUCCUAACGGUGGACAGAGUGGAUCUAGCACCGGGCCAUCAAGCCCGGAUCAGAAGCCGCAGAGAUCUGAUGUGAACGGCUCGCGCGAUCUCAGUCGAGAUCGAGUGUCUGUACAAGGGUUUGGGCCUGGUGGUGCCAAUGAUCGAUGGAGGUUGCGCGGCAAAGGACGCACGUCCGUGCUCAUCGGAUCCAUGUAUUUGCAGGCAGGACGAUGGGGCGACUCCCUCAGGGAACUAUCAGAAGGCGCAACAGCUGCUCGCUCAUUGAACGACCAUAUUUGGCAUGGGAAGGCUCUCGAGCUUAUCAUCAUGAAUCUUGUACUCUUGGGCUGGUCGAAACUAGAGUUCCAAAUACCAACCGUCUGCUUGCCGAGCCACGAGAGGUCCACGAGCAUAUCGGGAGUUCUGAAAUCAGAAGCAGACAGCGCCAAUUAUUCACAGCCUAAGCACAUACGCCAUCUGCAGAAUCUGCUUCCUGAGCUCCUCGAUAGAAUCUUGGGUUUGUUUUCUCGAAUAUCUAGUGAAAACCUGCCACCCCUACCUCUGGCUGAGACCACCAUUCGAUUUUGCAAACUGCAGUCAGCGAUGCAUUUCAGCGGCGGGAUGUUGGAUCAGAAGGCAUUCGGCGCUAUUGUCACUGGUGAACUGCCGACUCAGACUCUAACAACCUCUCCUCGGUUUACUGUGACACCAUCAAGACAGCAGAUUGUGAACAUGUUAUUCAAGGCAUUUCCGUCAUCUGGAACGGAACUUCUCACAACUGCUGACCGAACGUCAAUAUUGAGCGGUAUUGCGAAUGUGCUUGGAGCAUUAGGGUACCACCGGAAAAAAGCCAUGGUGAUUCGUGAGCUAGUAUCGGUCCUCAUUGCCGGUCUUGUGGAGGCUCGUACUCGUGGUGCUGCCGAGGCGGGUAUUCACCCUGCGGCAGGUUUGGUCUCCCUGGUUCCAGGUAGUGACAGAACCAGCGCAGCGGGGGUUGCGCUGGAUCUUGGCGAGGGCGACAUCGAGCACGGCAUCGAGCCGUUCCUGGAGCUACUAUGCAGGUCGUACGGUGUCGUUGGCUUCGACAUGCGCAAGAAGCGCGACGGUGCCGACGAUUCUGACAGUGCAACCGUUGCAAGGGCUCUCAUACAGUCAUCGACACGGUUCUUUGGAUUCACUGAAAUCAAACUAAACAUCCUCAGAGCAUGCAUUAAUUUUUCUGAGGCACUCCCAGAUUUUGACGGUGUCCUAAAAUUCUCUAGCGAUCUUAUGCGAACGGCUGGCUCUGGAAUCGCUCCCGGUCCCAAGCGCGAAGACGCAGCGCCACACAUCCAUAAAGACGAACAGGUCCGCCUUGUAACCAAUAUAGCGCGGACAGCUGCUCUCACGGAGCGAAUUGGCCUGGGAGGCCUGGCAGCCGAGUACUGGGAUGAAUUCCUCGUUCGGGGCAUCGCGUUAGAGCCAUUACCCAAUACCCGAACGCCGAUUCCUCAUGCAAAGAGUGUGCUCCCCGGCGCGAACGCCUCGAGAGCUUCGCAAGACGUUAAUCCGUUCAUUUAUAAUCCUUUUUUGAAGGAACCUGACGAAGUGGCUGCGGAGAACCUGGUGGCUGGCGAAUUGGCCACGUUCAAAGUCACGCUGCAAAAUACAUACGACGUAGAGGUAGACAUUGAAAGCAUGCGACUCGACACUGAGGGCGUUGACUUUGAACCAGUUCCAGAAAAUGUGAUUCUAGGGCCCUAUCGGACGCAACUCGUACGACUGAAAGGCCGUCCAAAGGCUUCUGGCUCCAUCAAGAUUACGGGUGCUGUGGUCAAAAUACGCGGUUGUCGAGAACGCAGAUUCCCCAUUUUCGCUAGGCAUUGGACGCCAUCUCGGGCCGAAAAGAUUAAAUCCAAGGGUCCGCCUACACUGGAAGGUGGCAGCAGGACGGCGCCUGUGAAACCAGAAAUGAAGGUUCUGAAUCUAAAUGUCGUUCAGCCUCAGCCGCUAGUGGUUGUCAAGUCGACUAGUCUAGCCCAGUCAUCAGUCAUGAUCCUCGAAGGCGAAAGGCAAGUUUUUACCGUCACGAUGCAGAACACAUCUACCACUACGCCUGUAGACUUUCUGCUCUUUUCGUUCAAGGAUUCUACACAGGGUCCGUUGCAGGCGGCGCUAGAGAACCGGGAGGCUACGCCGGCUGAGCUUUAUGAGUACGAGUUGGUCCUUAUGAAGAAACAGGCUUUAAGGCUCCCGCGAAACAAUCAAAACCGAUAUAUACCACCGGGUGGAGAGGCGACCUUUGAGUUUGAAAUUCUGGGCAAGCCUGGUUUAACACACGCCGCAAUUCAAGCAGACUAUACAUGCCUUGGUGUUCCACGGGACGAGGUGACGGAGCAGUUUUAUACGCGUCAAGUAUUGCUGGAUUUGACUGUCACAGUGAAUGCCAGCGUCGAGCUUUCUCGUAUCGAUGCCGUUUCUGUGCAAGGACAGGUUCCACCGGCCUUGUUGAAGAGAGUGGGUGGCGAUGAAAGGACGGCUUCCCCAGACAAGUAUUUCCUACUCGCCGUGGAUCUGCGCAAUGCUUGGCCAAGCCAGAUGUCGGUCCAGUUGGAAGGCGAAGAUGGAAUGAUGGUGGGGGACAGUAUACUCCCCGGAAAGACAAGCAGGGUCGUCAUCCCAAUGAAGAGAGUAUACCUCGAGGAUCCUCACGAAUCAGUGCCGAGUCUCAAUCCAUCACGCAACAGACAAUUUGUCGUUAGCACGAGCAAAAUCUCGCCGGACAUGGAGCGCGCGAACCGCGAGGCCUUUUGGUACCGGGAAAAGCUGCUUGAGAAUCUAAAGGCGACAUGGCAGACGACGUCGGUACCUAAACGAAAUGGUGUGGUGGAACUGCGAAAUAUUCGGCUAACACCCCGAAUGAUAGAAGCCAUCAAGUUUGACGAGGUUGACAUUGCCGUAUCGAUAGACGGAGCGCCGGACAACGUGGCGUAUGUGGAUGAGUUUAUGCAGAUGAGGGUUCAAAUCGCGAACAGGACAGCCAAACCCAUAUUGCCGCUCGUCAGGUUGAUGCCGGCGUUAUGCCACCGGCCACUCAACGUGGCACUCGACUAUACCAGGAAAUUUGCUUGGAACGGGGCUUUGCAGCAGCAGCUCCCCAAACUCAAGGGGCACCAAGUGACAGAAUUCGUGAUUGGCGUGACGGCGCUUUGUCGUGGCGAGUUUGAAUUGGCGGCAUCUGUGGAAGAGGCGCAAGUGCUUGAUGGCGGGCUGAAGGAGGGCCGAGAUUUGGGGCAUCGGCGAUCAGAUACCCAAAAGUUGAUGGAUGCCGCACUGGGGGUUAAGGAAAGGAGGCAUGGCGUAGCCCGCACAUUCCGGGUGCGCACCGAAGAGCAACGACUGCAGGACCUCGAAAAGAUACGAAAAUACCGCGCCCUGGAAGACGAGGUACGAGACAAGGCGGCGUCCGCAGCAUACACCCCGGAGCUCUUUCAGCUCACCAGCAAACUCCUCAGCAUCAACCCCGAGUACUACACGAUAUGGAACAUUCGCCGUCGCUGCCUGCUCUCCAGCCUGCUCUCCCCGGCGACGAGCCACCAGCCGCCAGACACCCGCGACUCCGCGCCGGACCAUGUCGAGCAGCAGGCGUCGUCGGACCGUGACGUCCUGCAGUCCGAACUCAGCUUCACCAUCCCGCUCCUGAUGCAGUCCCCCAAGUGCUACUGGAUCUGGAACUUCCGGCAAUGGACGCUGUCGCAGGCCAUCCUGCGACUACCCGCGCCCGCCGCGCGCCAGAUAUGGCAGACGGAGCUGGGCCUGACGUCCAAGAUGCUGGACAAGGACCAGCGCAACUUUCACGCCUGGAGCUACCGGCGGCUCGUCGUCGGCAGGCUGGAAAGCCCCGAGCUGCAGGGCCGGAGCAUGGCCGAGGACGAGUUCUCGUACACGACGCGCGUCAUCCACCGCGACCUGUCCAACUUUUCCGCCUGGCACAACCGCAGCCAGCUGAUGGCGCGGCUGCUUGAAGAGCGGGGGGCCGGCGCCCAGCAGCGGGCCGCGCUGCUCGCUGAGGAGCUGCACCUCGUGAGGGAGGCGCUGAACGUCGGGCCCGAGGACCAGAGCCUGUGGUACUACCACCGGUUUUUGGUGGCGCAAAUCGUCGACCGCGGCGGCGUCGGGGGCACCUUUGUGCCGGACUUGACUGCCGACGAGAAGGCUGCCUACUUGGGGCGCGAGAUUGACGAGAUCAAGGAGCUGCUGGAGGACUAUGACGACAUCAAGUGGAUUUACGAGUCGCUUUUGGAGUAUACUCUGGCCCUGGGGCGGCUGGACCAAGGCCGCGGCAGGGCUGGGGACUUGCGAGGGUGGCUGGCGAAGCUGCGGGUUUUGGAUCCUAUGCGCAUCGGGCGCUGGGAUGAUAUUGAGAGGCAGGUUGAGUGA